CACACUCUCGGCGGGCCAGACGAGGCAGACUCGCUGCGACCUGACGCAGCGGUCAAACAAAGCCAGCGGCAGCAGCAGAGCAGCGGCGGCGUAAACACCCAAGGCACCUCCGCCCCGCUCAGCUCCAAAAUUCCCCCAUCCCACGCCACGCCCGAGGCGGCCAGCGGUGAUGUCGUCAGCGGCGCCCGCGCCCCCGCCGCCCCAGCCGGAGUCGCCGUCCGCCGGCGCCGGCGGUGCUGGCGGCGGCGACAAGGUCCUGGCCGCGGCGCAGCACAUCGUCAAGUCCCUCGCAACCUCCAAGAACGCCGCCGACGACAUGAUCCGCAUCCUCUCCGGCUUCGACAACCGCCUCUCCUCCAUCACCAACGACCACCUCUUCCCCUCCCCGGACCCCUCCGGCUCCGGCUCCAGUUCCGUGUCCGCCUCGGGCUCCUCCGCCUCCGAGAUCUCCGCCGCCGCCGCCUUCGACGCCGCGGACCAGCUCAUCCAGCUCUGGGACGCCACCCCGGAGGCGCUCGUCUUCGAGGCCCCCGAGGACGACGUCGCGCAGUACCUCGCAGCGGUCGACGUCGCCGUCGAGCACCUCGCGCGCGGGGGCCCCGGCGGCGCGCGCGCGGGCGUCGCCGUGCAGCUCGCCAUGGCGCGGCUUGAGGAGGAGCUGCGCCACCUCAUGGUCCGCCACGCCGUGCCGAUCGACCCCACGGGGCUCUUCUUCUCGCUGCGCCGCCUCUCGCUCGAGUCCAUGGACGACCUCGACGCCUCCUCCGAGUUCGACGCCGCCACGCCGCACAGCUUGGACGGCACCCCCGCCGGGUCGGAGACCGCGCGCGGCGCCGCGCUGGGAUCCAACCCCUUCGAGGACCAGGUGUUCGAUCCCGUGCGCCCUGAGGCCGUCGAGGAGCUGCGCGCCAUCGCCGACCGGAUGGCGCGCGCGGGCUACUCCCGCGAGCUUGCCGAUGCUUACUGCGGCGUCCGGCGCGACCUGCUCGACGAGUACCUCUCCGUGCUCGGUGUCGAGCGCCUCAGCAUCGACGAGGUGCAGCGCAUCGAGUGGAAGCUGCUCAAUGACAAGAUGAAGAAGUGGGUGCACGGUGUCAAGACGGUCGUGCGUGUGCUGCUUGCUGGUGAGCGCCGCCUCUGUGACCAGGUGCUUGCCGCGUCCGAUGACCUUAUGGAGGAGUGCUUCCUUGAGUCCACCAAAGGAUGCAUUAUGCAGAUUCUCAGCUUUGGGGAUGCUGUGACUGUGUGCCCCCGCUCGCCGGAGAAGGUGCCCCGGAUCCUCGACAUGUAUGAGGUGCUUGCAGAGGUGAUUCCUGAAAUGAGGGACUUGUGCAUAGGAAGUUCUGGGGAUGGUGUGAUCAGUGACGUGCAGGCCAUUCUUGAUAGGCUUGGUGAUGCCGUGAGGGGUAACCUGUUUGAGUUUGGGAAGAUGUUGCAGCAGGAGACAUCACGGAGGGCGAUGACGACUGGUGAGAUCCACCCGAUGACACGCUAUGUCAUGAACUAUUUAAGGUUGCUGGUUGUUUACAGUGAAACACUUGAUGUCCUCCUGGCUGAUGACAAUAGUGAUCACGAUGCUUUCAGAAAUUCUGAUGAUCAGGAUCAGGAACACUUGGAGAGCAUGACCCCUCUUGGAAGGCGUCUCCUGAAGCUGAUAUCUUAUUUGGAGGCCAAUUUGGAGGAAAAAUCUAAGCUCUAUGAAGAUGCUGCCCUUGAGUGCAUAUUUGCCAUGAACAAUUUGCUCUAUAUUGUUCAGAAGGUAAAGGAUUCUGAGCUAGGAAAGAUUUUAGGUGAUCACUGGAUAAAAAGGCGAAGUGGUAAGAUUCGGCAGUAUUCAAAGAGCUAUCUAAGAAUUUCUUGGACCAAACCUUUGUCAUAUUUCAAGGAAGAUGGAUAUGGGAGCGGAAGCGGAAGCGGAAGUGGGAGUGGGAGUGGCAGUGGCAGUGGGCAUUCAAGUUCUAGGAUGUCCAUCAAGGAAAAGUUCAAGAACUUCAAUGUGGCCUUUGAGGAAAUUUACAGGAACCAAACACUCUGGAAAGUUCCAGAUCCUCAACUCCGGGAAGAACUGAAAAUAUCAAUAUCUGAAAAUGUAAUUCCAGCAUAUCGUGCUUUUCUGGGCAGAUAUGGUAAUCAAGUAGAUGGGGGAAGAAAUCCAGGAAAAUAUAUAAAAUAUGCACCAGAGGAUUUGGAGAGACAUUUAUCUGAUUUAUUUGAAGGGUCUUCAGUUUCUGUCAACAACUCUAGGAGAAGAACAUAGUUCAUGGUUGACAGGAUAAUGUUUCAGGCCUUCCACAUGUUACUCUGUAAGUAAGCUAUAAGCAUGCCAAAAACUUGUACAUUCUAAAACAAAUCCAUCAUCCACAUUUGAAGGGUGGCAGGGGGCUUAAUGCUGUAUACUUUAUAUAUAUAUGUUAUUGAUGGAUACUUCUGCCUUCUGUAGUACAAGUUGGAUGAUGCUGUAUACUUUAUAUAUAUGUUAUUGAUGGAUACUUCUGCCUUCUGUAGUACAAGUUGGAUGAUAUUCAUUUUGUGGUGCGUUGAAGCUCUA